AUGGAGGUGUUUGCGUUUCGUGAAGAGAACAUGUUUCCCGAGAGGGACAGCCCUGCAUUUCAUCCUAGGUGCAUUGUGUUGCCGGCUCCUAAGCAUAAUCAUACUCGUAUGGAGGUCACAUACAAAAUUUUGAAGACCAUGCCGCUCUUCAGAGGGUUUAAGAUUGAGAAGGCUGAUGUCCAUAUAUUUCUUUUUGAGUCGAAGGUGCAACAUGUUAUUCAAUCCAUGGAACGUGGAGACUUGGAGUUAUUGUAUCUUGAGGUGUUUCCCUUCACUCUAGUUGAUAAAGCAAGAGAAUGGUUGCACUCUAUUCCAGAAAAUUCCAUCCGAUCAUGGGAUGAGCUUAAAGAAGCAUUCCUCAAGGAAUUCUUGCUCACGACAAGAAGAGCAAGGAUGAGAGAGAUGAUUCAAGCAUGUAGACAAGAAGAUGAUGAGCCCUACCACAAGUACUUAAAGAGAUUUCAAGAAGUAGUAGCACCAUUAGACCAUGGCAUGAACCAACAUGCGUUGAUUAGUACUUUCUACCAAGGUCUGUUAAGGGAUUAUCAAGAGUACAUUGAUUCGUUUUCACCAAGAGGCUUCAUGAACCUUGAGGUAGGAGAUAGGAUCAUGCAUAUUGGAGUACUUGGAGAAAGAAGGGAUAGUUUGGUUUCGACGUCAUGCUCUAGGGUGAGUGGUACUUCUCGGUUCAAGGGAGUGGAGAUGGAUGGAAGGAAAGCUAGGAAGUAUGGGAACACUCGAGACCAUUUGAAACCUCUAGUUGGCAUGAAAAGGAAAGGUAGACCGGCUAGAGUUAAGACUACACCUACAAGAGCGGAGAACCGCCGAGACAAGAUGAUGAAUGAAAUGCAACAAUCGAUUUUGGAAUUGGCAAAAUCGCAUAGGGAGUUAAAGGAUCUUGUUGAGGACAUUCGUGCUAGCUCUAAGGAAGAGAGCAAAGAACUUACAAUUGAAGAGGUGGAGUCUUACAGCCGUGUCAAUGAGGAAGAGGAAGAAGAAGAAGAAGAAGAAGAUCCGAGUUUGAAGGAAGAAAAGAAGGAUGACUCUGAUCAAGCCAUGCUCGACAUCUUCAAGAAGGUGGAAGUGAACAUGCCUAUUAUUGAAUGCAUACAACAAAAUCCUAAGUAUGCUAAGUUUUUGAAAGAAUUGUGCACCAACAAGAGGAUGACUCGAGAGAAGGAGGUUGUUACAAUGAGUGAGACGGUUUCUGCCGUGCUCCAAAGGAAGCUACCACCUAAGCUUAAGGAUCCAGGGAGUUUUUCUAUCCCGUGUACAAUCGGAAACAUGACAUUUGAAAAGAUAAUGUUAGACUUAGGUGCAUCUAUUAAUGUAAUGCCGCACUAUAUCUAUGAGAACCUAGGUCUAGGUGAUUUGAAACGUGAUAAUGUUGUGAUUCGAUUGGCUGAUUGUUCCAACAAAGUCCCUUUGGGCUAUGUUGAAGAUGUUCUUGUGCAGGUUUCGAGCUUGAUCUUUCCUGCCGACUUCUAUGUCAUAGACAUGGAACCAACGGAGGCAGAUGACAAAGAGGUUCCUAUUUUGUUAGGCCGCCCCUUCAUGAGGACUCUUCCUUCUGUGGUGCAAGCUCCAAAGCUUGAUCUUAAGGUUCUUCCGGACCACUUGAAGUAUGCGUUUCUAGGAGAAGAGGAUACAUUGCCCGUGAUCAUUUCAUCUGCACUAAACGAGGAGCAAGAAGAGAGAUUGAUUGAAGUGUUGAAGAGACACAAGACGGCAAUAGGAUGGACCUUAGCCGACAUCAAAGGGAUCAGUCCUACCAUGUGUGUGCAUCGAAUAUUGCUAGAAGAUGGUGCCAAACCAACUAAGGAAGGUCAGAGACGCCUUCAUCCACCAAUGAUGCAAGUUGUAAAGGAUGAAAUCACUAAGUUGCACGAUUGUGGCGUGAUCUACCCCAUCUCGGAUAGUAGGUGGAUCUCUCCUAUUCAAGUUGUGCCAAAGAAGUCAGGCAUCACGGUGGUGAAGAACAAGGACAACGAAUUGGUGCCUCAAAGGACAGUGACCGGAAUUGAGGUUGAUAAGUCUAAAAUAGAUCUUGUGCGUCACUUACCCCUCCCCACAAGUGUGAGGGAUGUUCGAUCGUUUCUUGGACAUGCAGGUUUCUAUCGUAGGUUUAUCAAGGAUUUUUCCAAGAUUGCGAGACCAAUGAGUACAUUGCUUCAAAAGGACAUCCCAUUUCACUUUGAUGAUGAUUGCAAGCUUGCAUUCGAGACCUUGAAGAAGCUCCUAACUUCAGCACCGAUCAUGGCACCGCCGGAUUGGUCCUUGCCAUUUGAGUUGAUGUGUGAUGCCUCCGACUAUGCAGUUGGAGCCGUGCUAGGGCAGAGGAAGGACAAGCAGCCCUACGCCAUCUACUAUGCCUCACGAACACUCAAUGAUGCUCAACAAAACUACACCACAACUGAAAAAGAACUGCUUGCCGUGAUCUUUGCUCUAGAUAAGUUUCGUUCUUACUUACUUCAAUCUAAAGUUAUUGUUUACACUGACCAUGCAGCUUUGAAGUAUUUAAUGACAAAGAAGGAUGCCAAACCGAGAUUGAUUCGAUGGAUUCUUCUACUCCAAGAAUUUGAUCUCGAGAUCAAGGACAAGAAGGGAAGUGACAAUGUUGUGGCGGAUCACUUGAGUCGUUUGGUGAGAGAUGCCGAGCCCUUGGCCAUCCAAGAGAGCUUUCCGGACGAGCAACUCUUUCGAGUUGAGGUAAGUGAGCCAUGGUAUGCAGAUAUUGUCAAUUAUCUUGUUUCUAAGCAAUUUCCUGAUACAUUAUCGCAUGCUCAAAAGAAUAGACUCAAGGCAUUAGCUAAGUAUUAUGUUUGGGAUGAACCAUACUUGUGGAAACAUUGUGUCGAUCAAAUCAUUAGGAGGUGUGUCCCUGAACAUGAACAUCAAUCUAUACUUACGUUUUGCCAUUCUGAAUCUUGUGGAGGACAUUUUGGUUCACAUAGGACUGCUCUUAAGGUGUUAGAAUGUGGUUUCUUUUGGCCUACGAUUUUUAAAGAUGCAUAUCAGUUUUGUAUGACGUGUGAUAGGUGCCAACGUAUGGGAAACUUAGGAUCUAGAGAUCAAAUGCCUAUGACACCGAUUAUAUAUGUCGAAAUUUUUGAUUGUUGGGGAAUUGAUUUCAUGGGACCUUUUCCUAGCUCAAAUGGUUUCUUAUACAUACUUGUUUGUGUUGACUAUGUUUCGAAAUGGGUGGAAGCAAAGGCCACCCGGACUAAUGAUUCUCGAGUUGUUGCAGAUUUCCUUCGUUCUAACAUUUUCUCUAGGUUUGGUAUGCCGAGAGUUAUCAUUAGUGAUGGAGGAUCUCACUUUUGCAACCGGACCAUUGAGGCGUUGUUGAAGAAGUAUGGAAUUAAGCAUAAGGUUGCUACGCCUUAUCACCCUCAAACAAGUGGACAAGUGGAGCUAUCUAAUCGUGAGAUCAAGAGAAUUUUAGAGAAGUCUGUUGGACCAUCACGCAAGGAUUGGUCUCAACGAUUGGAUGAUGCUCUUUGGGCCUAUAGGACGGCAUACAAGACUCCCCUAGGCAUGUCACCAUUUCGACUAGUCUAUGGCAAGGCGUGCCAUCUUCCCGUGGAGCUUGAACAUCGUGCAUGGUGGGCUGUGAAGAAUUUUAACAUGGACAUUGAUGAGGCCGGAUUACAUAGGAAGUUGCAAUUGCAUGAGCUUGAAGAGAUUAGGAAUGAGGCCUAUGAUUCGGCAAUGGUUUACAAGGAGAAGACUAAGACAUUCCAUGACCGCAUGAUUAGGAAGAAACACUUUGUCGUUGGACAGAAAGUUCUUUUGUUUAAUUCUCGACUUAGAUUGUUUCCGGGCAAGCUCCGCUCUAGGUGGCUUGGACCGUUUGUUGUCACUAAUGUUUUUCCUUCUGGUGCUAUUUAGAUCAAAAGUAUGGUGCAUGGAAAGGAAUUCACGGUCAAUGGACAUCGCUUGAAGCCG